AUGGGUCGCAAACCCAACCAGCUGAUCCUCGAGUUUUUCAUUCGCGGUCAAAAACUCGAGGAUGCCAGUAAUCGCUACCAGCAUACCUGCAAGGCGUGUGGCGAAAAAUUCCCCAAGGGUCGCAUCGACAGUUUGACCAACCAUUUGGUGAAGAAGUGUCAAGCUAUCCCGUUACGUGAUCGACAACGCGUCCUGUUGCGACUCCAUGAGCUUCCCGACCUGGCCGACGGCGACCAGAAUAAAGACCCCAAUCUGGCGGGGCAGAACAAAGGCAAGGGGGUGGAUCUGCCAUUUACCACGCGUCAAAACUUCGACGGUCUCAAUGUGUUGGCCGAGGCCUCGAGGCAGGUGGGCGCAUCCGAUCAAGGGAAACGAGGUGCUGGCGGUGGUGGUGCUGGCGGCGGAAACAAUAAUGCGAAUGGCCCUGCAUACACUCAGUCGGUCACCGUGGGAGGCAAGACCGUUGUUGUAGAUCCCGCGCUCGAAGCAGAGGGUUUCCAGGGACAUCCAGCUCAAUCGGAGCAGAUUGACGAGGAUGUAAAACCGCCAGUGACACCUCAAGGUUCCAACGCGACGACCCUCCCUUCUCUUCCUAAUACCUCCCAAGAUCAACCUUCGUCCGCAUCUCCCACCCUGGCCGACGCUUCGCUGACCCCCGAUCCGGCUGCCAAUGCUCGCCAGUCACAACUUUCGAUGAUCGCUGCCUCGGCCAGUGAGAUGGUGCCGCAGGGGAUGCCGAUGGAUCACGAUCCUAAUGUCGGGCUUCCUGAUGGUCUGUCCAAGCUGGGGAACCCGUGGAAUCAACAGCUUUCGACUCAGGAACAGCUUUUGUUUGAUAGCCUUCAGGAGCAUGAUCCUUCCCUAACCGCCGCGACGCAGCGCGCUGCCACCUUCCCUCGCCCUAUUGCGAUGAAUCCUAACUCCCAGGCGAAGGGAUUUGUGAACGAAUUCGGUAACUCGACUAAGCCGACGAAACCGAAAGUUCGCGGACGCUUUUCUGCGACUCGGCGUCGAGAGGUCCAGGAAGUAAGAAAGCGGGGCGCGUGUAUUCGGUGUCGCAUGUUGAAGAAACCGUGCUCUGGCGACAGUCCUUGCACCACCUGCGCCAGCGUUGAGAGCGCACGCCUGUGGAAACAUCCGUGCAUUCGGACGCGUAUUGCGGAAGAAUUCGAAUUGUAUAACGCAAACCUGCACGCCACCCUUGCUUAUCACGACGUGAGCAGCAUCCGAAACCAACUCAAAUUCGAGCAUUAUGCGGGACGCAUCGAGGUCACACAUUUUGAAGAGAGUCUGGUCUUUGUCACUUUCAGUACUCUCCAGGCCCACAAGGCGUCAGCAUCGACACUUGACCCUCAGCUUCAGGGCCUUGGAGACGACUCGCAAUUCCAGGGACCUCUCUCAGAACUCUUCCUCCUUGACAGCGACGCAGAUGAUCUUCCCGGAAAGAUUGAAAUGUACAUUAAGAAAACCGCGUCUUACUUCUACGAACGUGAAACUUCGGAGUUCAUGAGACCGACCUUGAUGCUCGCGUCUGAGUUGAGUCAACAGAAGAAGGAUGUACUGCUGGAGCGAGUUCUGGAGCUGUGGGUUGCAACUCACAUGCUUGCCGACUCCGAGCUGCGCUGGAAAAUAUUUUGCAACCCUACUCUUCCACCCACAUCGAUGCACUCUCUAGCCCAGCCUUCGGAUGACGGACGCAUGCCGAUCGACGAGGUUACCAACGCCGAAUCCUACGGACUCUUGAGCAGUCAAUUGCGGGCGGCUACCGAGAAGCGUGCCUCCCAGCUGAGCAAGUCGGUGAUGAACGAUCUUGAGCGACGCCUCCUUCAGCGCCAGCAGAGCGGUUGGUUCGAGACUUUCCUGGUCUCGAUGAUUUUGCUAAACUGCGUGGAGAGAACUUGCUGGCUGUUCCGCUCAUGGGAUGACGAGACUUUUGCUCAACGGUGGCCCUUGGACAAGCGCCCCCCUUACUAUGCCAGUCAAGGCGAUCGCUUCUCGGAUAUUCUGCACAUGCUGCUGAAGAUGCGUAGUUUGCCGCCCAAGGCCAAUCCCCGACCGGAUAGUGGUGUCCUGAAGGCCGUCGAUGGGAGCGACGAGCACGCAGCCCGCUGGUUUGAUAUGAUCAAAAUCACCCGUAAGUCUUUUCUAUACAUGACUAAAACCGGUUGCAGUGACUAA